AUGGCCACAUCAACGCUCAAGGCAGCGCGAGUCGUCACUGCGCCCCUCCGAUUCUCACUCUUCGAUCCCCGAGGAACAGCAGCAAUUCUCAUCGCCGCCAUCUAUUAUCCCGACAAGCUUCGGAGCAUGCUUCCCGCAUACUUCCACUCAUGGAUCGACUCACCGGGCUUCAUCAAGACACUGACGGCUCUGCUCGGACUCGGUGUCGCGCGCGGACUGAAUAGAAAGCUAUCUCAGUACAUGGCGAAUAACUGGAAGGGCGAUGCGAAGUUUAUCAAGAGUCAGGAAGUGGUGUUGAUUACCGGCGGCGCGAGUGGGAUCGGAGAACUGAUGGCACAUGAUUUCGCUAAGAGAGGAGUUAAAGUUGUGGUCAUGGAUCUUCGACCUCCAAAGAAGCCUUUUCCUUCCGGCAUUCAUUUCUAUCAAUGCGAUGUCACGUCUUCUUCUGAGAUUAAGUCGACCGCUGCGGAGAUCAGAAAGGCUCACGGAGAACCUACCGUGCUCAUCAAUAACGCCGGCAUCGGCACGGGUCACUCCAUCCUGGACGAGUCGGAGGAGAGGAUCAGAUUGACUUUCGAGAUUAACACUAUGGCCCAUUUCUGGAUGACUAAGGAGUUUGUCCCUGCGAUGAUCAAGAAGAACCGUGGUCAUGUUGUGACCAUCGCGUCAAUGGCUAGUUAUCUUGUCCAUGCUCUGAACGUCGAUUACUCGUGCACGAAAGCAAGCGCUCUCGCCUUCCAUGAAGGUCUUGCAUCUGAGCUGCGAUCUCGCUACAACGCACCAAACGUGCGAACCACCGUUGUAAACCCAGCUUGGAUCCGGACACCGCUCAUCGAGAAGUUAACCUCCAAUCCCAAAUUCAGCGACCCUGUCCUGGAGGCGGAAGACGUCUCGAGCGCGAUUGUAGCUCAGGUUGUCAGUGGCCGCUCUGGGCAGCUGGUGCUUCCGCGAAGUAUGAACGCCGCAACUACUAUUCGUGGAUGGCCUUCGUGGCUGCAGAUACUGGUCAGGAAUAUUCUUGCCGAUCGUCUGAUGGAUGAAGAUUUCAAGGGUAUCUAG